AUGAAGAAUGGAAACCAUAAUGAAAGAAAUAUUAAAGCAAUAGACAAGGCAAAAUGGGACAAAUCAGAUGAAAACCGUACUGUUGAAUUUGCCACAUUAAGUAUAAUACAAUGGAAAAGUCAAAUCAAAGUUCAUGCAUUCCUUUUUAUCUUGAAAAUUAUCAUAUUAGCUUUUUUCCUUCACAUAUUGAAACAUUCCAGCCACAGUUCUUCGUUUGCGCCAGGCAAUAACUUGGACAAUGCAAGGCACAACGUACGCUUCAAAACCUUAAGAUUGUUGAACGAAAAUGGCUGUACCAAUUAUCCCACUAUUAACUAUAAAUCAGUAUUAUUAAUAACUAAAGAGAAGAGUGGAAAAUCACACUAUUCGGGACAAAAAACAGAAACGACCAAGUCAAGCAUUAUUAGUUAUAAAGACUUAGACGAUGAAAUGAGUGAGGUUGAUUUAUCUGAUGAAGGAGUACUGCUGGAGGAAAUGAAUAAAAUUAUAUUACAAGAGAGGCUCAUGAGGGAGAAAUUUUCAAAGUCAAGGAGGAAUUCUCCUUCAAAUGAAUAUUUCACCCUUUAUUUCAAUGAUGAGAAUUGCAUACAUCGAAUCAUGGACUUGUCGAGAAAAUCAAGCUUAUAUAGUAGCAAACUUUUGCGACUGAAAUAUCGUGUUCUUAGACAUAUCAAAAGAUUCAUAAACAGAAUGAAAAUAUUCUUCAUUAUGGAAUAUAGGUACAAUAGAAACCUUUUGGAAGAAUUUCGUGCUAGUAAUUUCUAUUACUUCUUAGUUCCUUAUGUAAAAAGUCACAUCAAAAUUUUCUUUUCCCGGUUUUCUAAGCAAAAUCCUCCUACAAAGAGUAAAUAUUAG